AUGGGUAUUUCUCGCGACUCCCGUCACAAGCGCUCGGCUACCGGUGCGAAGAGGGCCACCUACCGCAAGAAGAGGGCGUUCGAGAAGGGUCGCCAGCCCUCCAACACUCGUAUCGGUACCAAGAGAAUCCAUCUCGUCCGUACCCGCGGUGGCAACCGCAAGUUCCGUGGUCUCCGUCUCGAGGCCGGUAACUUCUCGUGGGGAUCCGAAGGCAUCUCCCGCAAGACCCGUGUCAUCGUCGUGGCCUACCACCCCUCCAACAACGAGCUGGUCCGUACCAACACCUUGACCAAGUCCGCCGUUGUCCAGAUCGAUGCCGCCCCCUUCCGUCAAUGGUACGAGGCCCACUACGGCCAGCCCAUCGGCCGGAGACGCCAGCAGAAGUCCGACGUCCCCGAGGAGAAGAAGAGCAACAGCGUCACCAAGAAGCAGGCUGCUCGCUUCGCCGACAGCGGCAAGGUCGAGUCCGCCAUCGAGCGACAGUUCGAGGCCGGUCGUCUGUACGCCGUGAUCGCCUCGCGUCCCGGCCAGAGCGGCCGCGUGGACGGCUACAUCCUGGAGGGUGAGGAGCUGGCUUUCUACCAGCGUGCGAUCCGGAAAAAAAAUAAUCGUAAAAUCCCCCCAUCUACUUUCUCAAAAGGUCAAUCCCCCAAAAUGCCCCCCGACAAAACCAUCAAAACCCGCCUCUGCCUCAUCUCCGACACCCACAGCCUCCCACCCAACCCGCCCUCCGACACCAGCAACCCCUACCGACACCCCCUGCCGUGGUCCAACAUCCUGCUGCACGCGGGGGACCUGACAAAGCUAGGCCGACGAUCCGAGCACCUGGGGAUGCUGUCGAUGCUCAAGAACGCGCCGGCGGAGCUGAAGCUCGUGAUCGCCGGCAACCACGACAUUACGCUGGACGAGGAGUACUACACGCGGGUCGGGCACUACCGCCACCGGUUCGGCCUGGAGCGGUUCACGACCGGUGGCACGGGCGGGACGGACGUCGAGGACGUCGACGCCGUCGAGGACCCCGUGGCGAUCAAGGCGCUGUGGACGAGCGCCGACGCCCAGGCCGCCGGCAUUCGGUACCUGGAGGAAGGGACGCGCGAGUUCCGGCUGUCAACCGGGGCGCGGGUGCGGGUGUAUGCGUCGCCGUAUACGCCGGAGUUCUGCGAGUGGGCGUUUGCGUACGAGCGCGGCGAGGACCGGUAUGAUGCGGCGAAGGGGGCGAGGAACCCCGUGCCGACGUUCCCGCCGGGGGUGGAUGUGAUGCUGACGCAUGGUCCGCCGUAUGGGAUUCUGGACCAGGUGGUGCCGGGGCAUGAGAGCGUGGGCUGUGAGCAUCUGUAUCGCGCGGCGGAGAGGGCCAAGCCGCGGCUGCAUGUGUUUGGGCAUAUUCAUGAGGGCUACGGGGCGCGGCGGUUCGAGUGGAGCACACAUAAUCGGUCGAUGAUCCAGUGUGACGAGACGACGGCGCGCGAAGAGCGAUGCGCCUUUGUGGAUGUCAGCGAGAGUACGAACAGUUCGCUGCGCGUCGGUAAGGAGACGCUGUUCAUCAAUGCGAGUGUCGUGACGGUGGAGUAUGAGCCGGUCAAUGCGCCGUGGGUGGUGGAUCUGGAGCUCCCGCUGGAUGAGGAUGGUGGUAGAAGUAAUUGA